UUUAUUGCAGUUGAUAUACACAAACGCAUCGUAAAUGGUAUACCUUAUGAUUUGUAUUUCAUCUACACGAUCUUGGGUACCUAAUCUACCCGAGUUGAUGCGCUUGGCCUACACGGCGUUUCGUGUACCAGGGCUACACCGCGUCGACGGUCGAGUAUCCGAUGUACCACACGGAGCCUAUCACAACUGCAGGAUGCGUCAUUUACUGACCAGCUAGAUCACUACGAUCCCCGGGCGUUCCGCCCGCCCAUGCGCUGGCUAUAUUUUGUUUCCUACGUAAUCUGAGGUAUCUGAUCUACACAAAAAAUGGUUGUGUAUCUGACCUACAUAGCAUAGUGCCCGAUCAUGAAUUGGAGGCGUGAGAUUGCGGUCUUCGAUUUCCAUUACAUCCUCAUUGCACGGAAACCGGCACCUGCACCUGGGCUGGCACACAUCACAGAAAACGGCUAGUUCCUCUGCCCUCUCUUUCAACAACCAAGAGAGCAUUGAUUAUGGCACAUAAGAUAUAAAAGGAGCCUCAUCGAACAGUUCUCUCUUAUCAACUUACGACGAGCUUCCCUUUGUUACAUCUUUGCUCAUCGUUGUUAUUGCGAACACAGUACUCUCACUUGUUUUCACUUGCGAUAAGGCAGUGCCAGCAUGUCGACCUUCGUCUACGGAAACAACCUGAACGGUUGUACCAUCACGAUAUCGAACCUAGUCCAGCACAACGCGCCGCAGCCCAAUACCGCCCCCGCCCACCACGGCAAUAGAGCGCAACACGGCUUUGUUCCGGCGACACCUCCGCCGUCAUACGACUCACAUGCUGAAGGAAGUGUCGACGAAUACGCGUCUAGUGAGACCCUUGUGGACGACCACGACUCUGACGCUGCCGCUGACCAGGAAGCAGGCGACGAGAACUAAGCCUUCCCGGCCGCGGUGGUCGCCAAGUAAUUCGAAGUUUUCCUGCAUCUUGUAUCUUGUUCCCUAU